AUGGUGAAGAAGGAAAAGUGCGGAAGAAAGAAGGUAAAGAAUGUUGGCUCGAUCAGCAAACAGGAAAUUGAAGAAUAUCCCGUGGAACUAUGCGAUGAGAAGAAAGGUGAGAAACUUUUUCACAUUCCACUUGAACCAUUUCUUUUUAGAAACCAACAUUUCCAAUUCCACGGCUUCAUCUUUGAAAGUCGCCGAGAACAUGAAGUAUGUCGUGCACAAAACAAAUUCCGUCGAACACCCAAGUGCUGAUACAAGUGAAUAAAUAAAUAAAAAAAUUCAAUACGCGAUCCGUGGAACGAUGUAUCACUCUCCAAAAAUACAGAUUCAGUCCGGUCGACACGCAAAUCAAGUACUUCAACGCACGGUUGAAAUGAUUUGCAUAAUACAUUCACAAAAAAAGUGUUCAGAGAUGGAAAAUAUCGAGAAGAAACAAGCCCAGAGAGAUACGCCGCGUACAUGUUGCUGCCAUCAUUCUCACGCUCAGUGUCAUUAG